AUACGAUUUGUUUUGUGUGCCGUAAUGUAUAAAAGGAAGUUUACUUUAAUCUCUAUUUUAGGUAAAAAAAAAAAAAUACAUACUUUGGGUUUAAACCAAAUUAAACCCAUUAAAUAAAAUCAAACAAUAAAGCCUGUUUGCAGUGAGAAAACAGAGUUUCGAGUGUAGAAGUGAUGUAUUAUGGACACUGGUCUCCCUGGCGGUACGUCUCAACGUCAUCACAUUCACUCGAGUUUUUGAGGGAAAUUUUAACCAUGUUUGAUGCAGAAGACGACGUCAGUUUUGAAGAUCCCUUAUUUUUGCAAGAAGUAGUUAGGUUUACUGAUUCCAGCAGUGCAUCACACAGUGAGUCAACUCCUUGUUUUCAAGAUAAUUAUAGUGAUGGAAUAAAAAGCAAUUUUCCAUUGAGGAAUGCUUCAGGAAAUUCAUGUGGGGUAAAAAAUAAUGUAAGUGAAAAUAGAGUCGACAGUAAUGAUAAACAAAAGGAAAAAACAACCCUAAAAUUUAUCUCCCAAAAAUGUGGAUAUAUGGAAAAAAUUGCAGCAGAUAACAGUUUUGAAUUUGAUGAUCUAUUUGAUGAUGAUAUUGAACACAAGGUUAACAAAAAAUCAUGUGUGACGAGUACUCCACCAGACUCAGAAUUCACGCAGAGCUUGAUCUCCAAUACAUGUAAACAGGUUGAGAUUAACAAAAACAAAUCAAAUAGUGCAACUAAUGGUGACGUUGUAAGGGGAAGUAAUUUUAGAUCAAGAAUUCUUCAAACAUUAAAAGAAAAUAAUCUUGUCGGUUCACUUUCUUGCAAACCAUUUUCAUCUCAGUCUCGAAGCGGCCCCCCAGCUCCCUGUACAUACCAGAAGGCACACAAAAAGGAUUUGUCGAGUGAUAGUGAUAUUCAUUAUUCCUCAGUGAAGCUUACUUUUAGGUGUCAUCGCCUAUGUUCAGACAGUGCGCCAUAUGCAGUCCCCAAGGGUCAUGGGAGGUCACAAUCCAAAACCCUGGCCACUGAUAGUGAUAGUGAUCGUGAAGGAGAAUAUGCUGGGAUGGAGGAAGAGGAGCCUUUUGAUUUUGAUGCCAGUGAAAGUGGCAUCGGCAUCCUGCCAGAAUGUCCCAUAACGAAUGAGUUUAGAGAGUUAGACUUCUUCCAAUUAUACAUUGACGAGCCUACAAUGAACUUGAUUGUCACCCAGAUGAACAAUUAUAACUACUACAUCAUGGACAACACAGAGGUUGCAGAAUCGUCAUGGCUGCGCAGGUGGAAACUGUGGAUGAAAUUGAGAAGAAAUAGAAAACAUAAACCAAGGUUCAGUGGAGACAGUGCUGAUGGUGCAGUGCAAGCAUUUCAUGCCAAUGAUAUCACGGCACUGACGUGGCAUGACAAAUGGGAUGUGACAUUGCUGUCAAUUAUCCACAGUAAUGAGAUGUACUGUGCAUUAUUUUCCAUUACAUUUCAGGAGAUUGUAUGCUCUCAAAACUUUGUAGAUGACUUCUCUAGAGGACCUUGGUUGCAAAUGAUGAAUGAUUUGGAGCUAGAUCAGACUGACCCAGUAUCUCCUUUGCAAGUAUUUAACAUUAAGUGGCUACUUAGAAGAGCCAGUUUGCGAGGUAAAGCAGGUGUUCGCAAAAUUCCUUUUUUAGCUGUGAUAGUGCGCAACCUUGACGUGACACAUUCAGAUGCCACAACAGUGUUAAGGGAUCCAACAGGUGAAAUGAAUGGAACAAUAGCAAGCUCAGUAAUAGAUGAGUAUGGACCUUCACUGCAGCCUGGAUCUGUGCUGCUCCUUCGAGGUGUGACAGUGCUGUCACCAGUAGGUUUGAGAACAGCUGCCGGAUUGAGAGAACAUACUAGACGUCACUACCUUAACAUAACUCUCAAUACUGUGCUCAGUAUUUACACUGCAGAUGAGUCUGGUCAUGUGAUAACAACAUCUGUUGGAAACUUUGAUAAAAGGGAACUGUGUAAACAAGCAGCUGCCCCAGAGACUGCUGGUGGUCCUCGAGCUAUUAUUGAGGAAGAGGAGGAGGAAGAACAUGGAGAUUUUUCUGCACAAAACCAUUCUCUCUUCUCUAAAAUUACUGACUCUCAUAGCCAGUUCGGUCAGUCAACUAACUUACCAAGAAUUCCUAAUUACAGAUCCCCAAGAGCUGCAUCAAAUAACAUCUUACAUUGCAAUCCUGGCCAGCCUCAGAAGUGUCCACAAGUCAAUAACAAGCAGCUCACAAGCCCUUUGAUUAGUAACAAACCUACUAUAGAUGCUACAAGAUUUAAUGGAACCAUUAUGGGUCCAGGGACACCAACUGCAGUACAACAUUUACAGCCUCAAUUUCAUCAAUCCCUCAUAAAAUCAGUGGUAUCACUUACUUCUAAGAGUUCGUCAGGCUUCAGUAGUAGUAUGUUGCAAAACAAAAAUAUAAAAAAAAUUCCAAAUUUUAAAAAACUUGCCGAUCAUGCUGAAGAGAAAGAAAUCAAGGAUUUGUUAGAUGGAGUUGAUGCAGACUCAUUAUUUGGAGAUUUCUAACUUGUUUUUUUCUGAUGCUUAAGUUGAUAUCAUAGAAAUUAGUAUAGCCCUUUGUAAAUAUUUAAAGUAUUAAAUCUUUAUUAUUUUUUCAAUAAAUUUUCCCAUAAAUGCUGUAUCUGAAAUAGUAGCCCAAAUUACUAUAUUACUAGAAAGUUACGUGAUAAAUAAAUAUCUUCAUUGACA